CAACUAAUUGCUUGUAGAAAGCUGUUUCACACGGGAUACCUACCAGGUCUUCUAAUCCUCUCCACUGCCUUGUCCCACCCCACCGCCACCGCCACCGCCACCACCACCACCAGCACCACCAGCACCAGCACCACCACUUUUAACUCUAGUCCACUCCUGUUCUUGUUGUCUUAACCAUAGUUAACUUCUUAUUUGUCUCUUACGCUUUAACCCAACAGCCUGCACUGUUUUGUCUCUUUGAUAAACUCUAUUUAUUUCUCUCUCUCUCUCUCUCCCUCCCUGAGUAAUAACUCUCUCCCUUUCUUUGAAAAUCCAUUACCCAAAUAACGGCAGACUCUCUCUCUCUCUCCCUCUCACUGAAUCACAAGAAACAACCAUUGAAUUUGGUUUUCGCUUUCAUUUUUCGUUUACAGGUGUGGAAGGUGGAGGAAAAGAGAGGCGGAGCAAAGAAAAGAUAAAUUUUGAAGAUUUUUGGAUUGUUUUGAAUUUGGAGAUUUUGUGGUUUGUUGUUGUGCAUUUUUUUUGGGGAGAUUUUUGAGGAAUGGUGGUGAAGAUUAUGAGGUGGCGGCCCUGGCCGCUGUCGGGUCCUCGGAAGUACGAGGUUAGGCUGGUGGUUCGGCGGAUGGAGGGGUGGGAUCUGGUGCCGGAGUGUGGAGAGAAGGAGAAAAGGUCAGACAAAUUAACUGUUGAGGUUCGAUGGAAGGGUCCGAAAUUUGCUCUGCGUUCUUUGAGGCGGACAGUGAAGAGGAAUUUCACCAAAGAAGUGGAGUUUUUUGGAGGGAAGAACGGGGUCGUUGAGUGGGACGAGGAGUUUCAGAGUGUUUGUACUCUAUCGCCUCAGAAAGAAAAUGUGUUUCAUCCAUGGGAGAUCGCUUUCACAGUCUUCAAUAGCACGAUAGGAAGUCCAAAGAACAAGGUUCCUGCUGUUGGUACUGCGUCGCUGAACCUUGCUGAAUAUGCUUCUACUGCUGAACAGAAAGAGUUGGAAUUAAGCCUUCCUCUCUUGCUUCCUGCUGGUGCAGCUGAGCCUAAGCCAAUGCUUUGUAUAUCACUUAUCUUGUUGGAACUGAGGUUUCCAGAAGCUACAGAGCCAUUGCAGAGAGAGAUAGUUCCUGUUUCAUCACCCCCUCAAUCAGGAGAAACUGUUUCAACUGAAAAGGAUGAGCUUUCUGCAAUUAAAGCUGGUCUGAGAAAGGUAAAGAUUUUUACAGAUUAUGUUUCCACCAGGAGAGCAAAGAAAGCUUGCCGUGAGGAAGAGGGAAGCGAAGGCAGGUGCUCGGCCAGAAGUGAGGAAGGCGAGUAUAACUAUCCGUUUGACUCGGACUCAAUUGAUGAUUUUGAAGAAGGAGAAUCAGAUGAGAUCAAGGAGGAUUCUGCUGUCAGGAAGUCAUUCAGUUAUGGAACACUGGCUUAUGCAAAUUGUGCUGGAGGAUCAUUUUACUCUGAUAUGAGGAAAAAUGGUGAAGAUGAGGAUUGGGUGUACUACAGCAAUCGCAAAUCAGAUGUGGGUUGCUCACACAUUGAUGAUUUAACUCAAACCUCUGAGCCAUCUCUAUUGCAAACCUCAAAGCGUAGCAUACUGCCUUGGAAGAAGAGGAAGUUGAGCUUUAGGUCACCCAAGGCCAAAGGAGAGCCAUUGUUGAAAAAGGGAUAUGGAGAAGAAGGUGGAGAUGAUAUUGAUUUUGAUCGUCGACAGCUUAGCUCAGAUGAUGCUGGCGUUUUUGGGUCUCAUAAAGCAGAUGAGGAUUCAAACACAAAUCGAUCAUCAGUUUCUGAUUUUGGAGAUGACAAUUUUGCUAUAGGCAGUUGGGAGCACAAAGAAAUAAUAAGUCGUGAUGGGCACAUGAAACUUCAAACAGAGGUCUUUUUUGCUUCAAUUGAUCAGCGAAAUGAGCGAGCAGCAGGUGAGAGUGCAUGUACAGCACUUGUCGCUGUCAUUGCUGAUUGGUUUCAGAACAAUCAUGGUAUUAUGCCUAUCAAGUCCCAAUUCGAUAGUUUGAUUAGAGAAGGUUCACUGGAAUGGAGGAACCUAUGUGAGAAUGAGACCUACAGGGAGCAAUUCCCAGACAAGCACUUUGACCUUGAAACCAUCAUCCAAGCCAAAAUUCGAUCACUUUCUGUUGUUCCUGGCAAGUCCUUUAUCGGAUUUUUCCAUCCCGAAGGCAUGGACGAGGGAAGAUUUGACUUUUUGCAUGGUGCCAUGUCCUUUGAUAAUAUUUGGGAUGAGAUUAGUGGCUGUGGAUCAGAACAUCCUAACAGUGAUGAACCUCAGGUCUAUAUUGUAAGCUGGAAUGAUCAUUUUUUCAUCCUCAAGGUUGAACCAGAAGCUUACUACAUCAUUGACACAUUAGGAGAAAGGCUCUAUGAGGGGUGCAAUCAGGCAUAUAUUUUGAAAUUUGACAGAAAUACAAUCAUUCGCAAAUUGCCAAGUGUUGCUCAGCCAUCAGAUGAGAAAAUAAUGGGUGAUCAGCCUAUUGUGGCAGUUGCUGGGGAACAUAAGAACCAGCAGUCGAACUCAAAGGAGGAAGUCUCCGAAUCAGGGACAGUAGUAAUCAAGCCUGAGGAGCCAGGAAAGACUGAGGACGAAGGCGAGGUGAUUUGCCAAGGAAAGGAUUCUUGCAAGGAGUAUAUAAAGAGCUUCUUGGCUGCAAUUCCAAUACGGGAAUUGCAGGCAGAUAUCAAGAAAGGUCUAAUUGCUUCGACGCCACUUCAUCACCGUUUGCAGAUCGAGUUCCACUACACCCAACACUUACAAGCCUUAUCAGAAACUCGUGCAGCAGCAGCAUCACCGCCACCAUCAGAAUCGAAUGAUGUUGCAAUAACAGAGGUUGUUGCAUAGAGACUUGCUGUAAAUUUUAGGAAGUGUGAUUAGCCUAAUUUGUCUUUAUGCUUAUGGGAUUAACAUAGAGGAACCUAUAUCAGUUUUUUGAGGAGUUUGCAAGAGAAAGGGUUUUGUUUCUUUCUAAGUUGCAGUUGAAAUGAAACUCUAUAUAUUUUUCUUCUGUAGCCACAUUGUCUGUGUCUUUGUUACUGUUAAUGAUUCAUUUUGACAUCUACCAAUU